CAGCCAGCAGUCGACCGAGAGUGAGUAUAUGUGCGCACCCGAGUCCCAGCCCCACAAUACAUUUCCAACCAACAACCUUUCCCACCCAAUUGGUGUUCCCAGACCGGAGCCCGGUUGCCUGGCGAACUCUGCGAGACGCUUCAAAGCGGGAUGUGGUAAUUUGCAUACUGCAGCUCGGGCAGCGUUGUUCGGAGAGCUGCUGGAGUGGUACUACGCAAAGGGCGAGACAUAUCUGGGGAUGUGUUCUACAGCAAUUCUCAAGAAUAAAGCUGCAUAAGGAUGUGUGCUGCGAGGCGGAUACCGAC